UGCAGAGCCAAAAAUAACCAAAUUCCUCUAAAACUCCCGCUUUCUCUCCACUCCUUUACAACGACCAUUUCAAAAUCCAACCACAAAGUCAAGAACACAUGAAACUCUAAGAAAAAAAAAACACCAAAUUUCAUAUCAUGGAUAAUUUUCUUCACAAUUUGCAUCUCUUUUCUUGAAACUCUCCACUUUUUUCGUUCUUCCAACUCCCUAAUUCAACCACAAUGGAGAAGAACCAACCUGAGAAUCCAGACCUUCUUGAGAAAACCAACGACGAUGUCCCCAAAUUGCUCGCUGAUGAUGCCAUUGUUGCCGUUCCAGAUGCUGUUGCUGGUGAAUCCGAAGUAAAAUCUGCAGAUAAAUUGGAGGAUGAUAAGGAUCAGGAGGAGAAGGAGAAGGAGAAGGAGAAUGAGACGGAAAAGGAGGAGGAGUUGAAGGAGAAGGAUGAGUCUAAGGAUGAACUGGAGCUUCAUUGUGAUCUCCAGACGAUUCUUGAAGACGUAGAUCAAUUUCUGUUAACUUCUCACGGUUCUCGCGACCGAGAGGAGGAUUCUGCUGUGGAGAUUCCGAAGUUCAUCGACAAGUUCAUGGAUCUCGUGGAUGCCAAGAUUGAGCAAUACGAGAAUACAGAAUCGAAUGCCAAGGAAAGAGAGUACCGAGUGCCGGAGGACGAAUCUUCGUUUCUGGAAGCAGUUAAUCGGAUAGCGAAGCUCAAAAGUGCAAUCCACAAAAUGAAGUUGGAAGACGAGAAGAAUCCGUUGAUCAAUCGCAUCGGGAGCACUCAACAGCGAUCAUUUUCUUGUUUAGAAGAAGAGUUCAGGUUCUUUCUCGAGGAAUCCAGAAAUGGCGAUUCGGAUCCCGAACCGGAUCGUUGUGAUGAUGCUGACUCCGCUCAACUCCUUUUUCCAGGUUACUCCGGCGAGAUCGUGAGCUAUUUGAACAAAAUCGCUAACCAAAUGAUUGCCGGUGGAUUCGAAUCGGAAUGUUGCCAAGUUUACAUCGUAGCAAGAAGAAACAUAUUCGAAGAUGCCUUGCAGAAGUUCGGAUUCGAGAAAUACAGCAUUGAUGAUAUACAGAAGAUGAGUUGGGAAUCAAUGGAGAGGGAGAUCGCUAUAUGGAUCAAAACCAUCAAGCAUUGUGCCACCGUUUUGUUCUCCGGCGAACGGGAUCUCGCCGAAUCUGUAUUUUCAGCGUAUCCUCCAAUCUCCGCCAGUCUGUUCAGCAAUCUAACUCGCGGCAUUGUGAUUCAACUCCUAAAUUUCUCAGAAGGAGUCACAAUGACGAAACGCUCCGCCGAGAAAUUGUUCAAGAUGCUCGACAUGUACGAAGCUCUUCGUGAUCUGGUCCCAAAAAUGGAAGACUUAUUUCCAGAAGAAUCCGCCAACGAACUCAAAACAGAGUCCACAACCGCUCGAACUCGUCUAGGCGAAGCGGCGAUUUGCAUAUUUUGCGAUCUCGAAAACUCGAUCAAAGCCGACACGGGACGAACUCCGGUACCAGGCGGCGCCGUUCAUCCAUUGACUCGAUACACCAUUAACUACUUGAAAUAUGCGUGCGAGUACAGAAACACGCUGGAACAGAUUUUCAAAGAUCACGCAAAGAUCGAGCGAGCAGAUUCCACAAACCGACCACAUUUCGAAGGCGAACAAGCACCGACUUACAACCACCCUAGCAAUGACAAUCAAUCCCCAUUCUCGACGGAACUGACGAAGGUAAUGGAGCUCCUGGACUCAAAUCUGGAAGCGAAAUCAAAGCUGUACAGAGACAUAGCACUGAGUUCGAUUUUCAUGAUGAACAACGGGCGAUACAUCUUGCAGAAAAUCAAAGGAUCUGCAGAGAUUCACGAACUGGUAGGCGAUGCUUGGUACAGGAAGAGAUCUUCGGAGUUACGCCAGUACCACAAGAACUACCAAAGAGAAACAUGGGGAAGAUUGUUGGGGUGUUUGAACCACGAGGGUUUGAUGGUGCACGGGAAAGUGAUAAAGCCAGUGCUGAAGGAGAAGUUCAAAGGAUUCAACGCCCUGUUCGAAGAGAUUCACAAGACGCAAAGCACGUGGGUGAUAAGCGACGAGCAGCUUCAAUCGGAGCUCCGAGUAUCGAUAUCGGCGGUGAUGAUUCCGGCGUAUAGGUCAUUCCUAGCGAGGUUUUCGCAGUACUUGGAUCCGGGGAGACAAACGGAGAAAUACAUUAAGCUACAGCCUGAAGACAUAGAAACCUACAUAGAUGAUCUAUUCGAUGGAAAUGCAUCCUCCAUGGCAAGAAAGAGAACAUAAAAAAGCUUGAAGAUCACGAAAUGAAGCUUGAAAAAGGCAAGAAUCCAUUAUUCUCUAUAGAAUUCUUCUUCAUCUUCAUCUUUCUAAAUAUAUAUAUUUUUUUUUUCUUUUGGUUGGAAGCCCUAGCUGAGGCUAGUUUUGUCAUGCCAGAUUGCAAUUGAUGAAUUGCAAUUGCAGUUGCAUUUCCUUGGCUUCAAUUUGCUGAAUGCGCUGCGCUGUUCCAUUUUGUUUUGAAAUUAUGUUACGUUUUCCUCAAACGAUUGCUUGUAAUUGUCAAAAUUAACCAUGUAAAAUUCUUUU